AUGUAUGUGAACAUUCAAGCCGUACUGUCCUUGUACGCUUCUGGACGUACCACUGGAAUCGUGCUUGAUACUGGUGAUGGUGUCACCCACACUGUCCCAAUCUAUGAGGGUUACGCUCUGCCCCAUGCUAUCCAGCGUCUGGAUCUGGCUGGUCGCGAUCUCACCGACUACAUGAUGAAGAUUCUUACUGAGCGAGGCUAUACUUUCACCACUACCGCUGAACGAGAGAUCGUUCGCGAUAUCAAGGAGAAGCUGUGCUAUGUAGCACUCGACUUUGAACAAGAACUUGCCACUGCAGCCAGUUCAUCGUCGCUGGAGAAGAGCUACGAGCUCCCUGAUGGACAAGUGAUCACCAUUGGCAAUGAACGUUUCCGCUGCCCUGAGGUACUCUUCCAACCAGCCUUCAUCGGUAUGGAAUCACUUGGAAUCCAUGAGACCACUUACCAAUCGAUAAUGAAGUGCGAUGUCGACAUCAGAAAGGAUCUCUACGCCAACACCGUUCUGUCCGGUGGCACAUCAAUGUUCCCAGGUAUCGCUGACAGGAUGCAAAAGGAAAUCCAACACUUGGCACCGAGGUGGGUCUUCGUGGUCAUAACACGAACCGCUUUUUCAGGUCCCUGGUGA